AUGUCGUCUUACGCGGAGGCCGCGAUUCAGUUGAGAUGUAAAUUUGACUUUUCUGAGGUGGACCAAUUUGACCAAACAAAACAGGAUAAAAAUACAGGGGAAUAUGCACUUAUGGAGGGGUGCCAUGGUAAGCUUGAUGAGUUGCUUGAAAAACAGGAGGCAUAUUGGUAUUUGAGAUCGUGCGUUUCAGAAAUAAAUGAUGGCGAUAAAAAUACUAAAUAUUUUCAUCACAAGGCGAGUCAGCGUAAACUGAGAAAUUUUAUUCAUGGGCUUUAUGACAAGAGGGGGGUGUGGCGUGAUGACGAAGAAGAUGUUGGUUGGGUGAUUGAGAAUUAUUACAAUAAUCUUUUCACUUCUAGUUUCCCCUCUGAUGAGGCUUUGUCUGACGUACUAGAUGUUGUUACCCCUACUAUAUCUGCGGAGAUGAAUGUGGCUUUGUGUACACGUGUUUGCAAGGAUGAGGUUUGGGAGGCUCUUCGACAUAUGCACCCAUGCAAGGCUCCGGGCCCUGAUGGGAUGCAUGUUAUCUUCUACCAGCGGUUCUGGCAUAUUGUGGGUGAUGAUGUAACCUCGAUUGUCGCAGAAGCUGAGUACAUUGCUGUGGCUGAUGCAACAAAGGAAGCCAUUUGGAUGAAGAAGUCCAUUCUGGAGCUAGGAGUAGUGCCUAGUGUUGGAGAUGAUGCUUUUUUGGCUCUUGUUAGAAAAGCUACUGUUGAUAAGGCUAUCCAUGGCAUGAAAGCGAGUCAGAGUGGCCCGGAGAUCUCUCAUGUUCUCUUUGCUGAUGAUAGUUUGCUCUUUGCGCGUGCUUGCCGUCAGAAAUGCUCAAAGGAGGAGUUGAUUGGUUUUCUAGCUAUGAGACAAGUUGACAGGAAUUCCAAGUACCUGGGUAUCCCUACACUUGCUGGUCGUUCUAAACAUCAUCUCUUUUCAAGAAUUAUGGAUAGAGUUUGGAAGAAGCUUCAGGGAUGGAAGGAAAAGUUACUCUCCCGGGCUGGUAAAGAAGUUCUACUGAAGGCAGUGAUACAGGCUAUUCCUACCAAGGUCUUCAAAGCUAAGUAUUAUCCAAGCUCGAGUUUUCUUGAUGCCAAUUUGGGUCCCGUUGGUAGCUAUUCAUGGAAAAGCAUUUGGGGUUCGAAAUCCUUGGUGAUAGAAGGGGUGCUUUGGCGUAUAGGGAAUAGAGCUUCUAUCAAGAUUUGGGAGGAUCCUUGGGUGAUAUCUGGAGAUAGCCGUUUCAUUACCAGUGGGCGAGUGCUGGUGCUUCACUAUGUAUGCGAUUUGAUUGAUUUUGGAUCGAUGGAGUGGGAUGCUAACAUGGUUCUAGAGAACUUCAAUGAGCAAGAUGGUCAAGCUAUUAUGGCGGUGCCCUUGAGUGAUCGUCUCCCCAAUGAUCAUGUGGCUUGGGCCUUUGCUAAAGAUGGUUCCUACUCGGUUAAAACAACUUAUCUGGUAGGUAAGUCCGAAAACCUUGAUCUUUUUCACCGUGCAUGGGUUACAAUAUGGGGAUUACAAGUCUCUCCAAAAGUGAGACACUUCUUGUGGAAAAUUUGCUCAAACUCGUUGCCGGUUUGCUCCAUUUUGAAGCAUAGACAUGUAAUCUUCGAUGAUACGCGCCUUUUGUGUUUGGAGGGACCCGAGACUGUUUCCCAUGAUUUGUUUCAUUGCUCGAAGGCGAGAGAAGUGUGGGAGAUUGCUGAGAUUAGCCAUAAGCUGCCGCAAGGAGGGAGGGAAAAUUGGUUGCUUUUGUGGAAUGAGUGGCAGGAGGUGGAGUGUGAAAAUUUGAUUGCAUUGAGUUAUGUGGCCUACUACGUGUGGUUGUCCAAGGGUGUAAUAUUUUUCUCUGAUUUAGAUGUUGUGUUAGAAGAUGCUUUAUUUUUUAGCAAGGACUUUGUUUCGGUGAAGUGGUCUCGUGUGCUGCGGGAUGGUAAUUGUGUGGCCCAUCACCUAGCUAGAAUUAUCCCUUUUGGUGUCGAACAACGGUGGGAGUCUCAUUGUCCUGCAGAGGUGUCACCUUAUGUUCUUAUGGACACUAUGUCCAUUGAGUAA